UCCCGAGGACAACCGCGAACAUUGCGAGGGGAGAUUGAAGAUGGCGGCCGCCAGUGUGGAGUCUGAUUCAGAUUCUGACAGUGUGGAGGAGUUGACGCGCCUCAAAGAGGCUACAUGGAAUGUCGGCAACACCAGUUCCCACAAAAAAAUAGGCAGUGGGCGCUUUGUUUCUGAGACCAAUGAAGACAAGCGUAUUUCGGUUUCAAUUCGACCAAGUCUGAGGCAGAAAGUAGAUGAUCACCAGCAUGAUGGAAAUGAGCUGCAAACAACACCUGAAUUUCGAUGUCAUGUUGCAAAAAGGCUGGGUGCCUUGCUAGAUAGUAUCAUUACUGUUGACAGUUCUGUGCAGUCUUCACAGCAACAAGUAGAGGAUGGUGAUGAAGAAGGGUUUCGUUUAUUCUCCACAUCUGUUCCAGGGGAUUGUGGAAAAGUAGAAUCCACACCUGCAGUUAAACAGAGACGUCCAUCCAGUUCAAGUGAUUCAGACAGUGAAUGGGAGCGGCUGAAGGAAGCAGCAGUUACGAGUAGUGAUAUACUCCAACAAAGUUCCCUCUUCAGCACACAGUUGGAGAUAAACCAGUCUGAAAAUCUCAUCAAGGAUGAAGACAAAGGAAAGAAGAGAAAGAGGAAGAAGAAGAAAAAGAGAAAGGUAAUCAUGGAAAGUGAAGAUAAUUUAGUCAAAGGCAGCGAUCAGAAAGGAGUUGAACAAAUGUCUGAUGUCGAUGUAAAAGGGAAAUCAGAGCAGGUGUGCAAAGUCGUGGCAAAAGGACAGGAACAAACUAAACAGGCUGACCUUGAAAGGAGCAAAAAGAAAAAAAUGAACCACAAAACUGCUAGUUGUGAACUUGAAAGUGUUAAAACAAGCUUUUCUCAAACAAAGAGAAAGAAAGUUCCUUUAACAGAUGGGUCAUAACAGGGCACUACAGUUCUAUGUGCUCUUAUCUUUCAAAGAAUUGUUUAUUUCAAGUGCUUUCAAAUAAACCAGUUGGAAUAUAACCUGAUGUGUGAUUUUUAACUUUAUUUCAAGCGACAGUUUGCAAGCUCCUUUGUUCCUCUCAUUUUGUAUACUUUUGUUUUGGCAGUUACUUUGAAGUAAAACAAUUUUCAAAAGAGAUGAGGAAAUAAUGAUUUCCUGCUUGCUGCUGUUCUGCCUUUGGGAGAAUGUCUUUGAAUGGAGAGCUGCUAGGGCUGAUUCAGCUGAACUGUGUAUAACCAGCUGUCACUGGAGGGAAUUCACACUGUAAAAAUCAUUGUUCCAUGUAUCUCCAUUGUACCUUCUCAAAAAGAUAAUGGAUCCUUAAUUCAUUGGUUUUUGCACUUGCUUUAGUUUGAUUUAUGUCUGAAAUUUGUACAAAAGAACAAAGAACAAAAGAGAAGUACCGUACAGGAGCAGGCCCUUCAGCCAUCCAAGCCUGUGCUGAUCAUCAUGCUGGAACUAAACUAAUAAACAAACUUUCCUUUUUUGGUCCAUAUCCCUCAAUUCGCUCCUUAUUUAUGUAACCAUCCAGAUGCAUCUUAAAUGUCACUGAUGUGCCCGCUUCCACCACCCCUUCUAGCAGUGUGUUCCAGGAUACAGCCACUCUCUGCGUAAAAGACUUGUCUCGCACACCUCCCUUAAACUUUCCCCCUCUCACCUUGAACCUAUGCCCCUUUGUAAUUGAAACUUCAACCAUGAAAAAGCCUCUGUCUAUCCACCUUAUCUGUGCCCCUCAUAAUUUUGUGGACCUCUAUCUGGUCUCCUCUCAGCCAUG